AUGGACGCCUCGGCCUGUAUGAAGUCCCUGCUGCUGGCCGCCACCCAGUACCGGGCCGCCAAGAGCCCGCCCCACGCGGCGCAGCUGCAGCGCAGUCUGGAGGUUAUCUCUGGAUUGAAGCUAACAAGAUUGUUUGCAUCAAACCAAAUACUGCCAAGUGAAUGUCUCAGCUGUCUAGUAGAGCUCAUUGAGGACCCAAAUAUAAGUCCAUGUCUAAUCCUGUCUGUGAUUACUUUGCUGUCACAACUAGUUUUGGACAAAGAGACCAGAGAAGUUCUUCAGAAUACUUAUAAUUUGACUAGCGUGCUGGCAGGAGUGGUUCACCGAAGCUCUACCAAUCCUAAUGAUCCAGUAUUGUUACAGAGUAUUCAACUUCUGCAGAGAUUAACCUACAAUGUCCGAGUUUUCCAUGCCAGCACUCAUAUUGACGAAUUGAUUUUAUUCCUAAUGCAUCAUGUUCAGUCAACAGAAGAUGAAUUAACGAUACCGUGUUUGGGACUAAUGGCAAAUCUUUGUCGACACAAUCUCUCUGUUCAAGCUCAUAUAAAAUCUUUGAAUGACGUGAAGGGUUUCUAUCGUACCUUGAUCAGUUUCUUGGCCCAUAGUAGUUUAACUAUGGUUGUGUUUGCACUUUCAAUAUUAUCAAGCCUUACUUUAAAUGAAGAAGUUGGAGAAAAGCUCUUCCAUGCCCGAAACAUUCAUCAGACAUUUCAGUUAAUAUUCAACAUUCUUGUAAAUGGCGAUGGCACACUGACAAGAAAAUAUUCUGUUGAUCUACUCAUGGAUCUGCUGAAGAAUCCCAAAAUUGCAGAUUAUCUUACUAGAUAUGAACACUUCACCUCAUGCCUCAAUCAAGUAUUAGGCCUUCUUCAUGGAAGGGAUCCUGAUUCAUCAUCAAAGGUCUUGGAAUUACUACUUGCUUUUUGUUCAGUGACUGAACUGCGUCAUGUUGUGCGUCAGACAAUACUGGAGCCAUCUGGUGUGCCAGUCUCUGGAAGUACCAGAUUCACAGCCCGUUCUAAACCUUCAGAGCCAUCUAUUGUUUUAGUGCACUGGUUAAACCAACCAUUGGAAGGAUCUGAAAACUGUUGUGUUCUAGCUUUAGAAUUGUUCAAGGAGAUAUUUGAGGAUGUUAUUGAUACCGGCAACAGCACUUCAGCUGAACGCUUUGUGGAUCUUUUACUGCCUGUCCUCCUUGAUCACCUUCAGUUGCCAGAACAGAAUCUGGAUGAGCUACUAGCGAAGAAGAAAUGUGAGAGAAUGGUCAAAGUCAUUGACGUCAUGCUAAUGCUUUGUGGAGAUGACACAAUGAAAAUGCAUGCCUCUAAGGCACUGACUGCAAGCAGAUGCACAUCUCUAAUAGAACACCAAUUUACCUGCAGUGGGAUUGAUGUUAGCUUUGGGACAAAGGUAGUGGACUCUGAACUGUGCAAACUUGCUGCUGAUGUCAUUUUGAAAACACUUGAUCUUAUGAGCAGACUUAAACAGUUGGUGCCUAGUAUGGAAGUCAGUUUCUACAAAAUUCUUCAGGAUCAACGUUUGAUUACACCUUUGGCUUUUGCUUUAACAUCAGACCACAGAGAACAAGUACAGGCUGGACUUAGAAUACUGUUUGAGGCAGCACCAUUACCAGACUUCCCUGCCAUAGUGCUUGGUGAAAGCAUUGCAGCAAAUAAUGCUUAUAGACAACAAGAGACAGAGCAUGCACCAAAAAAAAUCCAUAUGCAGUCAUCCAUUACUAGUGUUAUGUCCAUGAAGUGCUCUACUUCGUACCCUUCAAAUGAUGAUGCAACAACUUCAAACAUUCAAGAGCUAAUACAGAAACUUCAAUCUGGACUGGAGAUGAAGGAACCAAUCACUGAUGUGAGGAUGUCUGACAUAAUGGAUGUCUAUGAGCAGAAACUAGCGGCAUUAGCCUCCAAAGAAACCAGGUUACAAGAUCUAUUGGAGGCAAAGGCAUUAGCGCUUGCUCAGGCUGAUAGGCUAAUUGCCCAGUACCGUUGUCAGAGAGUCCAAGCUGAAUCUGAGGCAAGGACGCUUGCUGCAAUGUUGAAGGAUGCAGAGCGAAAAAAUGAAGAACUUGAUGUAUUGCUGAAAGCUCAGCAGGUAGAAUCUGAACGGGCGCAGAAUGACAUAGAGCAGCUCUUUCAACACAAUAGGAAGUUACAAACAGUGGCUGAAGAAUAUGAGAUACUGAAAAGAUCUUCCGUUGAUCUUCUGCAGAAGCAUGAAACCACUGAAAGACAAUAUAAAGAUCUGCAGAUUACAUGUAAUUCACUAAAUAAACAAACUGACGCCAUGAAAAAGCUGAAUGAAUCGCUCAAGCAACAGAAUGACAAAACUGUUGCACAAUUGAUGGAAACAGAAGAUCAUAGAAAAGAAUUACUGAAACAGCUACAGGAUAGAGAUAGUAAAAUAUCAAGCUUACAACAAAAAAUAAAGAUUCUGGAAGAAAAACUGAAAGCCCGACAGAAAGAAAAAACAGAUAUGGAAGAAACUAUUGACAUUCUCAGAAAGGAAUUAAGUAAAACGGAACAGGCAAGAAAAGAAUUGAGCAUUAAGGCAUCUUCCCUAGAAGUUCAGAAGUCCCAACUGGAAGGACGUUUGGAAGAAAAGGAAGCCAUAGUAAAACUGCAGCAAGAAGAGCUGAGCAAACAUUCUCAUAUGAUAGCAAUGAUUCACAGUUUAAGUGGUGGUAAACUAAAUGCAGAAACUGUCAACCUCAGUUUAUAG